UCUACCGCAGGAAAAAGCGCAAAGGCUCGAACUUUCGUUUCCUGUUUCAACUGACGUCAAACAAACGGGCGUUAAUGCGUGUCCUGUCGCCUGUUGUAUUGCCACCUUCCUCUUCCGCUUUCCCUCCCCCAGAAAGAUCCCUCUCUCUCUCUCUUCUCCAUACCCGCAUUGGUUUCUUGAGCUUUCCCGUUGCUUUCUUGGCUUUUCUUGUAGCUCCAAGAAGGUCGAAUCUUUGGGGAGUUGUUGGGUCUGGAGAUGGAGACGACGACGGCGGUGACGGUGGCGGCGGCGGCGAUGCACAAGAAAGCGGGCAGCGUCGGCAGCGGCAGCGACAGAUCGUCGAUGGAGAGGGAGGGGUCGGAGAGCGACCGGGAAGGAGGGAAGAGGGAGGUGUUCGUGUUCUUCGGGUGGGUUUAUCAUCUGGGGGUGAACUCGAUCGGGCACGAGUAUUGCCACCUGAGGUUCCUGUUCAUCCGGGGCAAGUACGUGGAGAUGUACAAGCGCGAUCCUCACGAAAGCCCCGGCAUUCAACCUAUCAGAAGGGGUGUUGUAGGGCUCUCACUUAUGGUGGAGGAUCUAGGGCGUCGGAAGGUCAACCAUGGGGAUCUUUAUGUUCUGCGGUUUUAUAGUAGGCUAGAUGAGACAAAGAAAGGAGAGAUUGCUUGUGCCACUGCUGGGGAAGUGCAGAAGUGGAUGGAGGCUUUUGACCUUGCCAAGCAACAGGCUGAGUAUGAGCUGUCAAGAGGCGGCAGUGCCAGGAACAAAUUGAGUAUGGAGACAGAGAUCACUCUAGAGGGCCACCGACACAGAGUAAGGCGUUAUGCCAAUGAAUUGAAGAAGCUUAUUAGAAUUGGACAAGGUCCAGAGAUGCUCCUAAGUAAAUCAUCAAGCUUGGGUAUCGGAGCAGGUGGAAACAUUGGCGGGGAUGUAGGAGAUGCAAUAGAAGCUAAUGAGUGGAAAUGUAUUCGUACAAUGAAUGGUAUUAGAAUCUUUGAGGAUGUUGCUGAGUCCAAGAUGAGAAAAGGUGUUCUUGUGAAGUCUGUUGGUGUUGUUGAUGCCUGUGCAGACACUGUAUUUGAAGUGCUUUUAAACCUUGAGCGCCAGCGGAGAUAUGAGUGGGACCCAUUCACUAGUGAUCUGGAGUUGGUGGAAUCUUAUGAUGGACACUAUGAUGUUGUUUAUGGGACAUAUGAUCCAAAAUACCUCACCAGGUGGCAGUCUAAGAGAGAUUUUGUUUUCUCCAGACAGUGGUUCCAUGCCCAAGAUGGAACAUAUACAAUCCUGCAACUUCCAGUUGCCGAUAAAAAGCGACCUCCAAAAUCUGGAUAUCGGCGUACAACACUUAAUCCAUCAACAUGGGAAAUCAGAAGUAUAAAUGCACCAAUGGGUACAAAUAUAGCAAAAUGUCUUGUGACACAAACAUUGGAGAUAUAUGAAGUAGGAUGGACGAGAUGGAAGAACAAUCAUUGCUCAAAGUUUGAGAAGACUAUACCCUAUGCUUUAAUGUGCCAGGUGUCAGGUCUGAAGGAAUAUAUAGAAGCAAAUCCAUCACUAAAGGUGCAGUCUUCUAUGGCAGUCGUUCAAUCAAAAGUUUCUGAUGUUUCGAUUUCCAAUAGCGAGUAUGAGGAGAAAGACGUGCGGGAUGAGUUCUAUGAUGCAAUUUCGGCUGAUUCAUCAUCAGAAGAGGAAGAGAGUGAUGAUGAAGAACCUAAUCAUAAGGCAAAAGUGAGGCUGAAGAAUGUCUCCUGGGCCAUUGCAAGCUUGGCUUUGAAGAAAAGCUCGGAUGGUGUUGUACCCAGUAUUGAAGCACUUGACCAUUUGGAUGUAGUUAUAGGCACAAAUAAGGAUUUAGACCACAAUGUAACUCCUGCCACUAUUGAUCCGAGCAAUUUUCCUGGUUCCCUGCGCAAGGGUAAGGACGAUUCUGAUACAAACUGUUGGGCAUCUCCGAGUGGUGCUGGCUUCAUGAUCAGAGGAAAGAACUACCUUAAAGAUAACACUAAGGUGAUAGGGGGUGACCCACUUCUCAAGCUCUUAGCAGUUGAUUGGCUCAAAGUGGAUGAAAAGAUUGAUAGGAUUGCCCUGCAUCCUAAUUGUCUUGUUCAGUCAGAAGCUGGUAAAAAGCUUCCUUUCAUCCUUGUCAUUAAUCUCCAGAUUCCAGCGAGACCAAAUUAUAGCUUGGUUACUUACUAUGCUAGUGAUAGGCCUGUAAAGAAGGAUUCUUUAUUGGGUAACUUUGUGGAUGGAAGUGAUGCUUUCAGGGACUCCAGAUUUAAGUUGAUUCCAAGUAUUGUUGAGGGAUAUUGGAUGGUCAAGCGUGCGGUGGGCACGAAAGCUUGUCUAUUGGGGAAAGCUGUUACAUGCAAGUAUCUCAGACAGGACAACUUUUUGGAAAUUGAUGUGGAUAUUGGAUCAUCUUCUGUAGCAAGAAGUGUCAUUGGUCUUGUACUCGGAUACGUCACUAGCAUAGUUGUUGAUCUCGCAAUUUUGGUAGAGGCCAAGGAAGAGAGUGAGUUGCCUGAGUACAUUCUUGGGACUGUCCGGCUAAAUCGUCUGACACCCGACUCAGCUUUACACUUUGGAGCUUGAGGAUUCCAUAUAUGUAUCUUUGGGAAUUUAUGAGGACCUUAGGCCAGCACAUGAGGGAACAACCGUGAGAUUCACCACGAUAAGAUGUUCGUCGAAUUGGUUCAAUGCCAAAAUCUUGUCUUGUACUCAUACGAAGUUGGUAAAUACUAUUAGGCGGCUCCAAGUUAUUCAUUGCCAGUCCUUCUCAUUGCGAAGUGCACUUUGGUAGCAAACCACCGUCUUACUUGCUGAAUUGAGGAACAUUUGGAGAUGGUGGUGGGCGGAGACUAAAAGUGCGUUUUGUGUUUGCCAAUGAAGGUAUUAACGUGUGUUUAUCAGAGCAUGUUAGAAGAAAGGGAAGAAACAUUUGAUUUGCAA